AUGGGAAUGUAUUACGCUCUGGCAAGUGCUGUGUUGGUGGGCCUGUUGACCGUCCAGCCCGCCACCAGUUUUCCGUUACCACAAACGCAAGGAGCGUCCGCUGGUGCGAGUGGUGCUGGAGGUCCAGCAAUGGGCUUCGGGUUUCCUGGCUUCGGUGGACCAGGUGGACCAGGAGCCGGAUUCCCAGGAGCAGGCUUUCAGUUCUUCCAGCCCCAGGCUGGCACUGGGAUGGGUUUUCCUCAGAUGCCAGGAUUCCCCAAUAUGGGAUCGUUUAACUUCAAUGUACUGCAAACACCGGGCUUUGGUUUCCCAACCACUGGAUCGCAGUCCUUUGCCGGCAGCAGUUCGUUUGGCGGCGGACCUAGUGGAGCAGAAUCGGGUAGCAAUGCUGGAGCAAGUUCACAGUCGUCACAGGGUCAUCAGCAACCGGGACAUGGUGUGAUUGGAACGGGAGGCUCCGGGUCGGCCCAAACCGAGCAGCAUCCUCAGCAGGGACACAUCGGAACGUCAAGCGGUGCAGGGAGUUCCGGCCAGGGACAACCGAGCCACGGUGCUCACGGUGGACAGAGUUCCAGUGGUGCUGGCUCACACAGUGCAGGGGGCCAUGGGCAGGGAGGAUUCACGGGCUCUAGCAGUGGUGCUCAGUCCGGUGGAUCCUCGUUCGGGCCAGAUGGACGCCAUACGGAGUUAAACUUCGGCAAUGGGCCGGGUGAUAGCUUCGGUGUGCGCAUCAGCACCGAUGAGUCAGCGGACGGGACGGUGAAGAAAACUGAAACCUCAUCAUGGGUUUGGAACUAG